AUGGUACACAGGAAGUUACACUUCAUAUCUUGCCCUUCCUUCUUGAUCUUCAGUAUUAACUGGUUUAAGAACACCGAUGCAGCUGCGGAACAAUACGUGAAGCUCAAUGUUGGUGGUGCACUGUUCCAGACGACUAUCGGUACGCUCACUAAACAUGACACAAUGUUACGAAUAGUCACUGAUUCUAAUGGUUGGGUUUUAAUUGACAGAAGUGGAAGACACUUUGGUGUGAUCUUGGAUUUUCUGCGAGAUGGUUUCGUUCCAUUGCCAGAGUGUCGCGUGGAGGUUGAGCAAAUACUUGCGGAAGCUCGGUAUUAUUUAGUACAGGUUGGUAUACCACAGAGGUCCCUCUAUCGCCUCCAACAAAUAAGCUCCAUGUCCACUCUGGGAGAGCCAGGCAGGCUACUCGUGAGUGUACCCAGCCUCCACGUUCAGAGCCCGGCAAGCUAUACGUGGGUAUCAAAAAUGCUAAACACAGUAAAAAAAAAAAACAGGCCUCAUUCCCUGACCCCGAAGAGCUCCCAAUUUCGCAGCGUUGGGUGGGACGAGUACGGAGAGGCUGCUAAAAUCUCAGAACCAAUGGAAGCUACCUGGGUUUCAAAGAACUAUGGUAACGAUCUGCACCUACAAUGCACGUGCACUUGCACCCGAGUCCUCGAUAGAAGACAUGCUCAUGCAAGCAAGAAGGAUAAAGUGCGACGUCAUCGGCCUGACCGAGGCGAGCAGACGACAGCCUUUCAACGCCAUCUAUGA